GAUCUGACCUGGAAUUGUAUGUUUUCAAGGCAUGUUGUCAGUGGAAGUGUGUCUAAAAUAAGUCCUGAGGUCUUUGUUGUGCACAAAGGCCCCGGAGGAACCUGCCUGUGUGAUGCCGUCACCUCCUUCACCAUUGUGAGAAUGAGAGGAAGAGGAAGACGAUAAAUCUGAGAAACCCGUGUUGGCCACCUCUCUCCCUCUUCUCCCAUCCCUUCCUCCGUCCCAGCUCUUCACGGGAUUCCUCUGUUGAUGUUUCUGCUUUUGAAGGAGCGAGGGAUGGAGGCCUGAGCCGGCCAUGAGAGGGAGGAGAAGAGCGGAGAGGAGGCCAGGACUUCGGGAUGCCACCGGCGGCCUCGCCGCUGCCCUUCCUGCUGGCGCUGGCGGGAUACGCCUUCGGAGGGCUCAGUAUCUGGCCCUCCUUCCACGUUGCCCUUAGCAACCGCAGCGUGUUUGUGAACUUCAGCACCAACUCCAGCGGCGGCGUCGCCGCCGGCAACGGCAGCCUCUCCCUGGUGGACACGGACAGCAACACCACGCUGCUGAGCAGGAAUCUGCCCGGCAACCCCCCGGCCGGCAGGGUGGAGUUCCACUGCUCCUGCUUCCUGUACGCCGGGACCUUCCGGUUCCUGCUGCGGCGGCCCGGCGGCCCCCCUGGUUCCCACGGUAACGGGUCGGGCCGGGCCGAGGGCUCCACCCUGUGGUGGAGCUCGGAGCUGCAGGUGCAGUGGCCGACGUUCCACCUCUCCGUGGAGAGAGACGGGAACCAAUCAGGAUCUUUCCAGGUCGGAAUAUCCACGAACGAGCACUUCCAGGCGUGCUCCCGCGGUAUCGACUCGGCGCUCUUCCUGGAGGUCAGCUACGUGGAGCACAACCAGAUUGGGCGGAACAGCAUCGACAAGGUUCGAGCCCGGACGCGCCACCCGAUCCUGCCACUGCGGACCCAGAGCAUUCAGCUAGCCUGCGUCUUCCCGUUCACGGAGAAGGACUUUGUCCGGUUGGCCCUGCGGUCGCCUCACGCCGCCCAGGAGGUGAAGAGCUCCGACGCCCUGCACCUCACCCGGAUCUUCUCCUACAAGCUGCUGGUGGACGACGCCGGCGCCUACCGGAGCGGCUGCGAGGGGACGAUGACGGUGAGGAUGGUGCCUCCGCCGUGCGCUAGCAUCAGCGGGAAGGUGCUGCUGUACAGCGACGCGGGUGUCGGUUCCCCGCCGGCACCGGCCGGGUUUGGGGCGGAGGAGCCGUCCUCGCCGCCGCUGGCCUACAACUGGCUGACGCAGGGCGAGAACGAGACGGAGUUCAACUGCUCCGUGUUUCACCCGGGGAAGAACAAGUACUGCUUCCGCUUCGUCUUCAACUUCAGCCGCUCGCCGAGUCCCGCGCAGGUGUGUCUGGUGGUCUACAGGAGCGCAGAGUCGUGGGGCCCCUGGCAGCCCUGGAGCCCCUGCAGCGUGAGCUGCGGCGAGGGCCUGAGGGAGCGUGAGCGAGGCUGCCUGCUGCCCCCCGGUGGCCCGGGGGGGCGCUGCAGCGGCCAGCCGAGGGAGCAGUCCCCCUGUUCCCUGGAGGACUGUCCCGGCCGGCCCCCGUCCCCGUCCCCGCCCCCGGGGAGUCCCCCCCUGCUGGGGGGGGACAUGAUCGUGGUGAUCGGCAUCUCCCUCUGCCUGGCCGUCAUCGCCGCCACCGUGCUGGUGACGGUGUGGAGGAGGUUCUGCCGGACCCCCCCCUGCAGCCCGGUCCGCGGGGGGCCCCUGCACCCCCCGGGGGGCCGCAAGCUGUCGGACGAGGCCUCCAUCUGCGGCCACAGCCUCCAGAGGCCCAGCCUGUCCGAGGGCGCCCCCCCGCGGGGCCAGGCCGUGGCCCAGACCCGGGUGGUGCCGCUGGGCCCGGACCCGGACCGGCUCUCCCCCAGCGGCCAGAAGAUGCUGCCGCCGAUCUUCGGGUACCGGCUGGCCCAGCAGCAGCUGAAGGAGAUGAAGAAGCAGGGCCUGAGGGAAGCCACACAGCUGUACCACGUCUCGUCCAGCCCCGUCCCCGACACCCUGGCGGAGACGGACGCCUCGGCCCCCUCCGCCCCCUCCGCCCCCUCCGCCCCCCCCACUGUGGGUGCUGCCACCCCGGACCGCCUCAGCCCCAGGGUGGACCUGGUCCUGGGGCCCCCCGUCUCUGCCCGGGCCGGCGGGACCAGGGGCGCGGGCUCGGACUGGCGCGAGCGCACGGCCGACUGGGUGGAGAUGGUGGAGAGGAGCGGGUUCGCCGGCCUCAGGGGGGGCGGGGACGCCGGGACCGGGAACUCCUACCCCAGGAACCCCAACUUCAGGCGCACCUCCAGCUUCACGGACCCCAAGCUGCAGCAGGCCGUCCCGGGGCCGUCCCGGCCGUUCAGGGAGAGGAGCAUGACCCAGGUUGGAUCUCGGACUCUGCCUGAAGGAAGUAGUUGGAGCAGGGGAAGGUGGGAGAGUCCGCCCCCCCACCCUCAGCCCAUCCCGGAGCACCGGGUCUCGGACUGGACUAAAGCCGGACCCCAGAGACCCGAUCAGAGGAAACCCUGGACCGAGCUCAAGAACACGGGGACGAACACAAACGCCUCUUCAGGACCCGGGAAACCCGUGAGCACCGCGGAGAGGAGGAACCGCUGCGACCCUGCAGGUGGGGCUGGGGGUCCAGGCCCGGGGGGUCCAGGGCCAGUUCCAGGCCCGGGGGGUCCAGGGCCAGUUCCAGGCCUGAGGGGUCCAGGGCCGGUCCCAGGGGUGAAGGGUCCAGUGCCGGCCUCAGGCCCGGGGGGUCCAGGGCCAUUUCCAGGACCGAGGGGUCCAGGGUCGGUCCCAGGGGUGAGGGGUCCAGUUCCUGUUCCAGGACCGAGGGGUCCAGGGCCGGCCUCAGGGCCGGGGGGCCCAGCCCCACACGCCCCCCACCAGCUGAGCUUGGACCGGGCCGAGCAGAACUGGAACCGCCGGGGCCCGUCCCCGAUCCAGAGGAACAUCCUGGCCCGGAAACUGAAGGAGGCCCAGUCCAGCUCCGGGGCCCGGGGGGGCCGCCAGCGCAGCUCCAGCUUCAGUGCCGCCCCCCCGGACCCGAGGAAGGCCCGCUGCAGCUCUCUGAGCAUGUCCGGUGACAUCACGGCCGGGGGCGGGGCCUCCCCCUACAGGCUGACGGAGGCGGAGCAGAGGAUGCUGGACCUGGACCUGGUCCCGGUCUACGUCCGCGAGGAGGACUAGAACUCUGACUGGACCAGUUACAUCUCACCCCGGCUCAGUUUUAAAUACACUGUAAAUUAAAAACAACUAUUUCUACUUUAGAAAACAUCUUCCUUUUUUGU